ACCUGUACCUUGCUGCGCAUGCGCUACACAUCUAAUACGAUCAACAACACGUGCUUCAAGGUAAAAUAGGUCUUAUGCAUCGGACAUCGUAACUGCCGCUAUUGCGAUCAUGAAUCUCGCUUUCCCUUCAAACUUGGUUCGGCCGAACUUGCCUCUGAGGAGACCUUCCACCGGCCCAGCGGUUCCACGUGCUGCGUCGCCAUCUUCAGGACGGAGCGCGCUGCUCCCUACACCUGUACGCCCGGCCUUAAUCAGCAAUGUACCAGAUAUUUUCCCAUCACCGGGUAGCCUUAUGAAUCCACCUGACAGUAGAGAUGAGAUUGCUAUUGCCCACACAACCCCAACAAUGACUGUGUAUUUCUGCAACUUCUGUGGACAACAAGGAAAUUCCCACUGUAAGCGAUGUAAGACGACUGCCUAUUGCUCAGCUGUUUGUCUGACGCAGGACUGGAACUCACAUAAACACAUUUGCAAGGGCAUUGAAGCUGAACUGACAAAAGACAAAACCCUCAACAAUAGUGUCUCACCAGCCUCAGGUGACAAACCUGGUGAUCCAAAUCAUACUGACACAGCCGGCAUCCAGAGAGUCUAUAUGAAGGAUUUACAUUCAAAAGUUAUCAAAGGAACAGAAAUCCAGGCAGUGGUUGUUGAGUUUCAUAGCCCUAGCCGCUUCUUCAUUAUUGCCCAAAGCAAUGAGACUCUUGAGGCUCUUCAAAUGAUAAGCAUAGAGCUCCAGAAAACCUACAGCAUUCCAACUGCGACUGCACACACACCUGUUGUGGAUGAGGUGUGUGCUGUGCAGUACUCCUGUGAUAUGAACUGGUAUCGAGGACUUGUCCAAAACUUGGCUGCUGACCAGAACACUGCUCAUGUCCUUUAUAUUGACUUUGGCAAUGAGGAAAAAGUCCCUUUUGAACGAAUUAAGCCUCUGACUGCUAAGCUGCAGCAGUUUGGUCCUUGUGCAAUUGAGUGCUGUAUUGCUGAAGUGGUGCCAGCUGCUGAUGCUUGGUCAGGCAAAUGUUGUAUAGCCGUAAGACAGCUGUUGGAAGGAAAGACUCUCACUGUGAAGAUGUUGGACUCAGUGGACAAAGGCCAUGUCCAUGCAGUAGACAUAGUGCUUUCUAGGGGAAAUACUUUGAGCUCCUUUCUUUUGGAGCAUGAAUAUGCCAUAAAGGAAGAAAUCAACAAAACACCAAGAGAACAAGACAUAAGUACUAACAAAACAUCUGCCAUGGUAAGCGCAUCUAUGGAAAAUUUUAAAUGUAACUUAAAUGGCAAAGAUGACAACUUGUGGGCUCAGGUCCCAGAGCCCCUUACGCAGGCAGUGGGUGACUCCUUCUUGGUUGUUGUCACCCACUUUCAAUCACCUGAAAAAAUAGUUGUACAGAAAGUAGAUAAUGCUGGAGUUGUACAGGAUUUACAAAUGAAGCUAAGAGAGCACUGUAGCCAAAUGCCUGUGUCAAGUAAUUUCAGACCAGCUCCUGGAACAGUUUGCUGUGCCCUAUUCUCCGAGGACAAGCAGUGGUACCGGGCUAAAAUACUUGCCUAUUCAUCAGAAGAACUUGUCUGUGUUGGGUACCUGGAUUUCGGCAACUCAGAAGAUGUAAAUUUAAACAAUUUGCGCCCGAUUGCUCGGUUUCUACUGGAUACACCAAUGCAGGCUAUGACUUGUGGUUUAGCGGGUGUACAGCCAGUUGGAGAGAACUGGUCAGAAGAGUGCUUACUUGCUCUGCAGAGAAGAGUCUCAAACCGCAUUCUGCGCAUUGAAAUCCAGGGUCCUCACGAAGGCAAAGCUUUGGUGACAAUUAUUGAUGAGACCAGCGAUCCACAGGCUAACAUAGCAGAGUUGCUGAUUGCGGCUGGUUUUGCAGCACCUGCUGUAGUUAACGGCGACACUGAUCAGCUAACAGAGGCAUCACUUCCUACUCAAGAAGUGCCUGAGUGUAGCUCGGCUCCAGAACCUCUGGUGUGGACUUGUACUGAACUUCCCCCUGAAGGCCAAACAGUGACACUGCAAGUCCUUUGGGUGGAGAGCCCUAGCAAAUUCUUCUGCCACAUUGACAAUCCUAAAGACAGUGAGCUUUUAAAGACACUAGAAGCAGAGUUGAAGCCUUAUUGUGAGGCAGAGUCUUCAAACUUUGAUCCAAAAUUGGGAGAGCCUUGCUGUGCCAUUUUACCUGAUAAUGACAAGUGGUUUCGGGCUCUGGUGAAGCAGUUGUUUGAGGACAAAGUUAUGGUUGUACUUGUAGAUUACGGUUAUUGUAUCAGUGUGAAGAAGAGCGAUCUAAGACCUAUUACAGCCAAAUUCCUGACACUACCCUUCUUGGCAGUACCCUGCUGGCUUGCAGGUGUGGAGCCCUGGGGCUCAGAGUGGACCAGUGAAGCCCUCCUGUGGUUCCAGACUCAGGUUCAGGGUGAGGCUCUCCCAGCACGUGUGCUCUCUGUCACUGAAGAUGGUUAUGGUGUUGAGCUGCAGAGCAAAGGCCGAAGUGUGGCUGCCACCCUAAUCUCAGAGCUUUUGGCCAAAUUUUCUGGGGAGAAAGGGAAGCAAGAGGCUGCUUUGACUUCAGACAUACAGAAUGAAAGCGCUUUGGAGAACAGGCAAGAGCAAGUGCCUAGCAAAGCUGCUCCAGAGCGGAUACCAGAUGCUUCUCCAUCUCAGGUUGAAGAGACAUCAUUUCCUGUGGACUGGAAAACCAUAGUGCUGCCAGUCAAUCAGACCUUUCAGCCUUGUAUUGCUGCUGUAUCCAACCCAUCUCUUUUCUAUCUAUUCGGCCGUAGACAAGUUGGUGAGGAGCAGCUUCAAGAAAUGAUGCUUCAGUUGGCUCAACACUGCAACAGUCAGGUUUCUCAGCCAUCUGUUACAGGCAAACCUGCUACUGGAGCUGCAUGCUGUGCCCGCUUCUCUGAUGAUAAUAACUGGUACCGUGCAGUGGUUCUGGAGGUCUGUGAUCAAGAGGCGAGUGUCAUCUAUGCAGACUAUGGGAACUCUGAGAAGGUGUCACUGUCAGAUAUUUUGCCCAUCCCAGCCAGUUUCCUCCAGCUACCUUUUCAAGUCACUCGAUGCAGUCUUGUUGGUAAAGCUAAUUUCCCGGUGGAGUGGUCAGAGGAUGUGCUGCAGAUGUUUCUGACUGUUUUACAGCAGGGUGUCCUUGCCACAGUCCAGUCAUUUGAUGGUGAUUCUAAUGUGCUCUCUCUGUCCCUGCCCACUGAGAGUGGAGGUGGGCUCGUGGAGGCCAUGAUUUUAGAUGCUCUACAGGCACAUUCAAAGAACACAACUGCUCCAGUCCCCAAUACUACACUUGCCAGCAGUGUGUCCAACGCUGAUGAUAGAACUGAGAAAGGUCCAGAGCUCAGUGUGCCCCCCGAAACCAACAAAUGUGAAAGCAGAACUACCACCCAGGAGAUCCAGCUGCCUCUGCCACCAGCACCUCUGGGCACAAGCACAGAGGCAGUACAUGAGAAUCCAGUUCAGAGAAUUCUCAGACACAUGGAACCACCCUGCACAACUGACCCAAAGACUCGAGAUGCAUUAGCUUCCAGUUGCUGCUGUCAGAGUUUGAAGAAUAAGAUGGAUCAACUGGAACAGAUCAUGCAAGUGCAGCUUUCCCUCAUCAAGAAACUGAUUGCGGAUACAAAAUAGUGUUGUUUAUUUUAACUUAUCUGCUUAAGAAUAGUUCCUUUUUACAGUAGCCUAAAUGCUUGAACCAUGUGAUUUUAAUUUGUUCCUUUUUUAAUUUUAUCAUCAACAUUUUAGUCACAUUUUAUAUUGGGCUCUGUUUAACUGUGAAUGCCUGUUUAAUGAAUGUUACGCUUGAUAAGUUGGUCUGUUACAUAAUUGAGCUGCGAGUUCUUCAUGUAGGCCUACUUUAAGUCUCUUGCGCACACGCAUUAGCCUACUUCUCUGUUAAGUCAUAUCAUCGGUUACAGCGGUAUGACCCAGCUUCAUUUGUUUGACACAUGUUCACGACUUUUCAUUAAAAAAAAA